CGCAUUUGCCAUCGCAAAACAAACAUUACAUUGCCAACCGUGGACUGGUCCUCGGAAUACGACACACUGCCACUCGCUGUCAUCCUAUGCUCCUGGUGAAGGUGUGCGUCAACUGAACUGUCCACACGCCGGUCCAUCACUUACACACGGACCGUGAAUAUCCUGAGAGCGCGCUCUCCCUUGGCGACUCUCGCCCUUGAUGCAAUCGUACGGAGGAUCGCUCGACUACUCCCCAUCGUUCAACAACCCCAAAAUGGAACACGGCAGGAACUCGUACCGCCGAAAAGGCAUGGACAUGGGCAACAUUAUUGGUGACCCAUUUGCUUUGGCCACUACUUCUAUUGCCUCUCUGGCAUGGAUCAUCAUCCUCUUUGGAUCCAUCUUCGGCUACAGGGACCAAAAUGACGGAAAAGAUGGAAAUCCCGUCGUCGUUUGGCCAACCUACUGCUGGUUCACCCUCGUCUUCAACUUCUUCGUCAUUCUCGGCAUCUUCAUCGUCAUCGCCUCCGACAGCGCCCAGACCUACCAUGUCGCCAUCGUUGGCUACCUGGCCGUCGGGCUGGUCGGCUCCACGUCGUCGAUUAAUAACCUGAUUUAUAGCGGCGUCGCAUCCAUGGAGGCAACAGCGGCUGGAUACAUUUUGUUGUCCAUGGUGACAAUCAUCUGGAUAUUCUAUUUUGGCUCCGCCCCCUCCGCUGUUCCCCGCGCCUACAUCGACUCCUUCGCUCUCACUAAGGAAUCCUCCCUCCCCGCGCACCACAUGAGCCGCCAAACCAUGAACCACAACGGUCUCUCCUCCCCCAAUGCCUAUGGCUCUUAUAAUAUGCGCCCCGAAACCUCGGCCUCGGGCCUCCAGCCUCCGCACAUGUACACGGGCCAGCUCAACGGGCUCGAAAAUCCCGCUCGCCAGUCGCAGAUUCCCCAGGGUUUCUCGUCAAACAACAUCCCCAAACCCCAAGGAGAUGGGGAGAUUGUCCCGCCGACGGAAUACCCGUAUAGGGCCAAGGCGAUAUUUAGCUACGAGGCCAACCCGGACGAUGCGAACGAAGUUAGUUUCUCGAAGCACGAAGUGUUGGAGAUUAGCGACGUGAGCGGGCGGUGGUGGCAGGCAAGGAAGGAGAACGGAGAGACGGGUAUUGCGCCGAGCAAUUACUUGAUUUUGCUAUGAGCGGGCUGAACGGGUUUGGGAUGGAGUUUGUGUUGUUCUUUGACUGGCGGUUCUGUGCGAACAGCCAAUACAAAACAAAAUCACGAAAUGGUUUUCUUUCUUCUUUUGAGUCGGCGUUUUAUACCCACAUUAACGUUGCACUUGUUUUCUCGACCGCCCACGGACUCGGAAUGCGACACAUCAGCAACA